AUGCGUCUAGUAAUUGAAAAAGCCGACGUUUCGGCCCAGACCAGGGUGUUAGUGGGCCACAGUAGAUCCGAGACGGCGCCCAAUGGGAGAGGAGCAAAACGGACCGGCCCAUUUUCUCCACGACCAUCACCGUUAGCUCAAGCUCCGGGAGCAGCCCGAGGAAAUCUCUCUCUCAGAGACGACGGCGCGCGCGAGAGAGAGAGGGUUGGGGGGGCGGAAAUGGCGUUUUGGGGGACGAGAGUGCUGGAGAAGGUGAAGAAGCACGACUCCGGAGGGCUUCUGUGGAAGAGGAUUAAGCUCACCACCACCCGCAAGGCCAACGCCAAGAAGCGUCUCCUCCGCGUUUGGCAGAACGAGGCUGUCUUGAGGGCUUGUUCAGAACCUCCUCCUUCAAAAACACCUGGCGCUGAUGCAGAUGGUACCGGGGGAACAGAAAGCAAGAAUAGCUAAGUUAGCAAGGAAACAAGUAAGAACGUCUUAAUUGAAAGGGGCCGCUCGUGUUGCAGCUGCUUUUAUAUAUUAGGAAACAGUUUUGCCGAUUAAGGCAGACUAUAGCUGAGUUUUAGCUUGGUAUUGCUGAAUCCUCCCUUUUCAGUAAACUAGGGAACUAAAUUAUGUAAGUUGUGCGCUGAGUGUAUGUCUCUCGUUUGGAUGAUUAUACUAUGGUGGUUUGGCGUUCCUGGAAAUGAAUCACUUGCCAAGCCACUUUCUAGUAUAUGCCUAACUACUAUGAUAUGAUGUCUCUGUGGCUGUCAUGGCAUUUUUAUGCAAUGCAAUCUAAAGGGUAAGAUCAAAUGGCAAGUCAUUUUUUUGACAUGCCUAAGUAUCAGUAUGAAA